AGAUACGAAAUUGAAUCCGUGACCACUAAACACUACCAUUAACGAUUCUCCCAAUCUCUUCAUUGUUCUUCUUCUUCUUCCCAACCCAAAACAAAACAACUACAAUAAGAAAAGCGAAGGCUUUCUUUCUUUCAUUUAACAAUUUUCCGUUCAAUUUCAAAGCAAAGCCAUGGGUCUCAAAUCCCUCUUCAACCGCAACAAGGAUCUCAUCCCAUCAGCCACGCCCUCCCGAUCCACGUCACUCUCCGUGCGUUCACGCGCUCAUCUCACGGCGGAGCUCGAACAAGUCUUCAAGAAAUUCGACGUCAACGGCGACGGCAAGAUCUCCGCGUCGGAGCUAGGAUCCAUCAUGGGAAGCCUCGGCCAACCCGCCAAUGAACAAGAGCUCGACAACAUGAUCCGCGAGGUCGACGGCGACGGCGACGGAUGCAUCAGCCUCCAAGAAUUCAUCGAGCUCAACACCAAAGGCGUCGAUUCCGAUGAGGUUUUGGAGAAUCUGAAAGACGCGUUCUCCGUUUUCGACAUCGACGGCAACGGCUCCAUCACGGCGGAGGAGCUCAACACGGUCAUGAGGAGCCUGGGAGAAGAGUGCUCGUUGGCGGAAUGCAGGAAAAUGAUCGGCGGCGUCGAUAGCGACGGCGACGGCAUGAUUGAUUUCGAGGAGUUCAAGGUGAUGAUGAUGAUGGGUUCUCGCCAUGAUACAACGGAUAGAGUUAAACCUGAAAGUACUUGACACAUUCUUUGCCUCUAUUCGCCAUUAUCAUAUCCCAUUUCUUUCUCCGUAGGGAACAUGCCAAAGUUUAACCGUAAUCGGUUGAACGAGGGCUUUUGUUUAUGCUAAUGACAUAUAGAUUUUAAGGUUUCGGGAUCCAAUUUGUAUAACGUAAACAGUAAAUCCAUCGCUCUUUUUCAUAAUUUUUGGCGUUAAUGUUUGUCCCAGAUAACUUUUGUUUUUUUGUUUUCCCAUCUUA